AUCAGCCCUUCGGACGCGUUGGCGGACCUGACGCUGGGGAUCCUCUGGGCCUCGACCUUUUACGCCAUCGGGAUGAUCUGGACCGUGCUGUCGCUGAUCGACAGGUGGCGGGGCCCGCACGGCACGGGAGAGAUCAACUUCAUGUCUGUCAUUGCGGCGAUUAUCCUUUCUGUUCCGUGGCCGGUUGUGUUGAUUAUUACGAUG